AUGGCAGAAAUUCACUCCCAAGCACCCAUUACUUUCAUCCCUGAUAACUUGACGAUUCCUCAGUUUUUCUUGGACUAUCACCAUCCACUGCGUCCCGUUCGAGAGGCCACUACGCCUAUAUUCAUCGACGAUGACAACGGGAGAAAGAUAGGGCUAGAGGAAGCACGUACACGAGCAUAUGGUCUCGCAAACAGCUUGAGCCUCAGAUUCGGCUUUGAUCAAGAAGAAGUUGUCUGUCUGUUUUCUCCAAAUCAUGUCGAUUAUGCUGUCGUCCUUUGGGCAGUUCACCGACUAGGUGGUGUUAUCACGCCCUCCAAUGCGAGUUACACCACCGAGGAGCUCGUGCAUCAGCUCCAAAUCACACACUCAUCAUUUGUCGUCGUUCAUUCGUCGUUUCUCCACACGGCAGCAGAAGCUUGCCGCCGAGUCGGGAUCAGUUCCGAGCGUAUCAUCAUACUAGAUCAGGCCUCUUCCCCACUACACGCUACACCAUCGCAUCCAUCUGUUCCCGAAUUGAUCGAGGAUGGCUUGACUCAGCGAUGCAAUUUUGUCGAAAAAAGACUGGCGCCGGGAGAGGCUAAAACGAAGCUGGCACUGCUGUGCAUGUCGAGUGGGACGACAGGAAAACCAAAGGCGGUCGCAAUAGCACACUAUGCUCUAAUUGCGAACGUGAUACAACUAGUCGCACAUCAUGGCGACGCAGAAACGAAGUUGGGAACGCCCGCAGAGGAACGUAGAUUCAGGCGUGGUGAUAUCGCGGUCGCUGUGCUACCGUUUUCUCAUAUAUAUGGACUCGUGGUAAUCCUUCAUAAGCCAAUUUUUGAGGCAAUGGCUCUAGUCAUCGUCCCUAAAUUCGACUUUCCCCGCUUUCUUGACAGCAUCGUACGGUACAAGAUAACACAUCUUUUUGUUGUUCCACCUAUGAUCGUUCUUCUUUGCAAGCAUCCGAUCGUUAAGCAGUAUGAUCUUAGUCGCGUUCGGUUCUGCGUGAGCGGUGCGGCACCACUCUCUUCCGAGCUCAUAGGGCAACUGGCGUAUAUCCUACCGAGUUCGGCCAUCGGGCAGGGAUACGGCAUGACGGAAACAUGCACUGCCGUUACCUUGACCUCCGCAUCACGGUGGGUUGACAGGUCUGGGAGCGUGGGCACCUUAUUACCUGGAGUUGUGGCUCGUAUCGUGAAAGCAGAUGGAACGUUAGCGAAACCCGGCGAGUCCGGAGAGAUGAUCGUUCACAGCCCGUCAAAUGCUCUCGGCUACGUCGGUAAUGAGAAAGAGACAAGUGCAACGUUCUCAAACGGAUGGGUCAAAACAGGCGAUGAAGUCAUCUACAACGAAUCUGAUGAUGAAUUCUACAUCGUCGAUCGCCUCAAGGAAAUGAUCAAAGUGCGAGGCUUCCAGGUAGCACCAGCAGAAUUAGAAGGGCAUCUGCUUGGUCACCCUGACAUCGCCGACGCCUGCGUUGUAGGCGUGCCCGAUGAAUUCAGUGGCGAGAUUCCCUUUGCAUUUGUCGUCAUGCGUGCCCAUGCCGCUCAACGCAUCCACAAUAGUGCAUGGGAAGCAGAUAGCAUGAGAUCCGCCAUUUCAAAGCAUGUGUCCGAUGCAAAAGUCAAGUACAAGUGGCUUACGGGUGGGGUUGAAUUCCUCGACGUCAUUCCGAAGACUCCCAGUGGGAAGCUGCUGAGGAGGCUGUUACGUGACAAGGCGAGAGCUCUGAGAGCGAAGGCGAAGGUCACAAACCCCAGAGCGGAUACCAGAACAGAAGUGGCCAUGGAAGCUCGGGCGAAAUUAUAG